AGGAAGGGUAUUUUAGUACAUUCAUAAUUUUAUUUUAUUUUUGAAUAUGAGACAAACGCCUUUUGGCCUGGCUGAGUAAAGACGAAGCAGAGUUCGUUCGACUUGAAAAUCAAAAGUUUGCUUCAUUGAGGGGAUUCAACUUUAAUUUUUGAGACGGUUUAAUGGCGGACACUAUUGCGUCUCCACUCCUCCAAUCAAUUCUCAACAGAUUGAAUUCCUUUUGCCUUUCAUUUGGCGACGGCGACGAGAUGCUGACCAGGUUGCAAAGCGCUGUGGCAGCAGUCAAAGACUUAGCUGCAGUGGCGGAGCAGCGGUUCCAGAUGGCGGAAGAAAUCAAGGGUUGGUUGACUGAAGUCAAACGUGUGGGUCACGAAUUGGAUUAUCUGUUGGAUGACUAUGAGCAGCAAUUGCGCAAGGUAAUGGAUCAAAACUUAAUUAGCCGCUGUUUUUGUUUCCUAACUAGAAAUGAAAACCGGCGACCGAUAGAGCAUGUGCUCGGGAAGUUGACCACACUCGCCAGCAAAGGCGAUUGGCCUUUGGAAAAUAAUUGGCGACCAGAUCUUUUUUCUCGAUUGAAUUCUGGAACUAGUUUUGUGGGUUUAGAGCCGGAGAUUGUGGGCAGGGAUUUGGACAGGGAUAAGAUAAUUAGCUUAUUAUUAACCAAGAGCGAGCAAGAUUGUCAGGUGGUCUCUAUUGUAGGCGUAGGGGGAGUGGGAAAAACAUCACUUGCUCGUCUGGUUUUUAAUCAUGAGAAAGUGAUGCGUACUUUCACGUUCAAGUAUUGGGUUUCUUUAGGCAAUAAUCAUUGUGUUGAUGUUGAAAGGAUUGGGGAAGCAAUUUGCUCUCAGAAAUUUUUGAGAUUGGAUGACUUGGAGGAUAGUGUUAGAAGGGAACUGAGGGGGAAGAGAUUUUUAAUUGUGCUUGAUAAUUUUUGGCAAGAGGAAAUGGAUCUAUGGAUCGCAGUAAGAAAAUGGUUUAGUGUGGGUUCUCCUGGAUCUGCUGUUCUAGUCACUACUCGCUCAACUGCUGCUGCUGAUUCUGUAGGUUCCAUGCCUUUGUAUUACUUGCAACCUUUGGGUCGUGCUGAUUGUUUGGAUAUGUUUUGGAAGGUUGCAUUGUUACCCAGGGAAGUAAAGGAGGAAAAACAGGACACUGAAUUGUUACAAAUUAGCAAGAAUCUUGUUGCAAACUGUAAAGGUUUGCCUCUUGCCGUGAAGAUACUCGGUGCCUUAUUGCCCUAUAAUGGAGAAAUGGAUGAUUGGUUAUCCGCUGCUGCUCUUGCUUUUCUGGAACUGCAAAAGUAUAGUUUCACUUCCCAAAUUUUACCAGUUCUGCACCUCAGUUAUGAUCUUUUACCAUCCAAUCUGAAACAGUGCUUUGCUUAUUGUUCAAUAUUGCCAAGAGAAUUUUGGAUCAGAAAGGAGAAAUUGAUGCAAUUGUGGACUGCUGAGGGUUUUUUGCAAGCAAGUGGCUCAAGUGAAAGCCUUGAUGACAUAGCGGAGGACUGCUUUAUGAAAUUGUCACAGUGCUUAUAUUUUGAAGACAUAGUCAGAGAUGAUUCUGGGAACAUAUCAUGCAGAAUGCAUGAUUUAGUGUACGAUUUUGCAUUGACUGUUAAUUCAACUGCAUGCUCAGUUAUGGGAACUGAAAGUUUCAAAAAUGUUUCUGCAGAACUUCGCCACUGCUCCCUGGUAUUGGAGUCUGAGCCUUCAGUACCUCUAAGAUAUUUGAGUAAAACAGAAGAUUUGCAGACUUUGCUUUUAUUAUCGAGUAAGUUUGACAGUAUCCCUGAUACAAUUUUCUCUAGACUUAGCCACCUGCGUGUGUUGGACUUUAGCCAAAGUGGUAUUCGUGAGUUGCCUGUUACUCUUGGUGCUUUAAAACACUUGAGGUACUUUGACCUAUCUCGCACAUAUAUUAGAAAGAUACCAGAAUCUAUCAGUAACCUGAAGUAUCUGCAGACGUUGAAACUCUCUGAUUGUUUCAACCUUGAAGAGCUGCCCAAAACUGUCCCCCAGUUGACAAAUCUUGUAAAUCUCAGUAUUUCAUCAUGCUGCUCUUUGACUUAUUUGCCCUCUGGGAUUGGUAAAUUAAGGCUUCUUAAGAAGCUGCCAACAUUUGUUCUGGGAAAGAGAUCUGAUAGCGCUAAAUUACAUGAGUUGAGUGGGAUGGACCUUGAAGAGAGACUAGAGAUUAAGAAUCUUGAGAACGUGACAAAGGAGGCAGAUGCACGAGAUGCAAAGCUGUUUGAGAAAGUAAGCCUUCACUCAUUGGUAUUAUCAUGGGGUCAAAAUGGUUGUAUGAACGCUCAAAUGUUGGCCAAAAUACUGGAAAACCUGAGCCCACCCCAUAACCUAAGGUAUUUUUGUUUAAAAGGGUACAGAGGUUCCAGGUUUCCAACAUGGAUGAACCAGGGUCUUCCGAAUCUGCUGAUGAUUUCAUUAAUCAAUUGCAGUUGUCAAGAACUUCCACCGCUUGGACAGCUACCUUUCCUUAAGGUUCUCUAUUUGAAAGCGAUGCCUGAAGUGCGGACAAUAGGCCAUGAAUUUUAUGGGAAUGGUGUUGUUAGAGGAUUCCCUUGCCUGGAACAGCUUGAAAUGUAUGAUAUGCCUAACUUGGAGGGAUGGAAAAGUAUACAAAUGGAGAAAACAGAAAUCUUCACCGUGGUUGGAGGAUCUUCUGGUCCCUUAUCGCAUGAAGCUUUCCCUCGCCUUAACAAACUUGUGGUCAAAGGUUGUCAUAGGUUGACUGCCUUGCCAGUUUUUCCAAAUCUUAUAAGCUUAGCUCUUUGUGACAGCAAUGAGAUGCUACUGUGCUCAUUAGUUCAUCUACCUUUGCUUUCCUCUUUGGUCGUUGAAAAAUUAAAGGAGCUUGAAUCUUUAACCGAGUACUUUAAAAGUUCCUGCUCUAUCGAGAAGCUGACAUUGUACGACUGUGAUCAUUUAGAUUAUCUAUUUGAGGGCAACCAUACAUUCUCAUCACUUAAAUAUUUGAGCAUUCUGUACUGUGAUAGAUUGAUGUCAUUGCCUUCGAGCCUGAGAUUGCUGACUGCCCUUCAGAGGUUUGAUGUUAUUGAGUGUGGACAAUUGACCGACAUUUCUGUUCUGCAGUCCCUUUGUUCUCUUCAAGAAUUAACUAUUGUGGGUUGCCCAAUGUUGCAAUCAGCACCAUCUGGCAUACAUAAUCUUACCAAUCUCCAAAGGUUGGUAAUCAGAGGAUGUCCUGCUUUACAAUGACAACUGGAAAUGAAGAAUGGCAAGGACUGGUUCAAGAUUGCACAUAUCCCAUUUGUAGAGAUAGAACUUAGAGAGUUUGUUAGUGAAGAAGAUUAGAGGCUGAAGAAGCCAAAUGUCAACUAUAUCUUUCGCAAAUCACCUGCAGUAAUAUGGAGCUGUGAUUAAAUCCUGAAAUUGAUGUAUACAACUUCAAGUCUCAGUGGCUAGUGGUAGCAAUUAAUGUUUCCAUUGUACC